AUGUCUGCGGAAGAUUACAAAGAUAUCCCACCGGGACGGUUUUGUCUACGGACUCGGCCGCUUCCGACCAGAGCCCUGUCCGAUGGAUCGAAUCGAAGGUUCUCACCUUCGAAGCAUUUUUGGCCGGUCCAGCUGAACCAUUAUGGGGUGCAGUUUGAAGAGAAGGACUUCUCUGGGAAUGGACCUGGAUUCAUGGAGAAAGUUCUCCAAGAGGGAAAGUGCGACCACGUUCCCGGCCAUAUCCUGGAGCUCUAA